UAGGCUCAUGAGUCACAGCCACACAUCCACGUUGCCUCCUCUUGCUUCCCUAUUAAACUUUACGAGCCAUAACAUAACAUGGAACCUGAAAAUCUAGUUUCUUACAAGGCUCUACUCUACUGCUUCACCUUCUGCUCUAGAAAAUUCAGUGGUGAUACAUGGCUUCGGCUACUCUCUCUGUAGCCAAACCAGCCCUUCAGGCAAAUGGGAAAGGCUUCUCUGAAUUCUCUGGCCUCCGCAGCUCAUCAGGCUUCCUUCCCUUUUCUAGAAAAUCUUCAGAGGAUUUCCAUUCUGUCAUUGCCUUCCAGACCUAUGCAGUUGGAAGCAGUGGAGGAUACAAGAAGGGUGUGACAGAAGCAAAACUGAAGGUUGCCAUAAACGGAUUUGGAAGGAUUGGAAGGAACUUCUUGAGGUGCUGGCACGGUCGCAAAGACUCCCCUCUUGAUGUCAUUGCCAUCAACGACACCGGUGGCGUGAAACAAGCCUCUCACCUUCUCAAGUACGAUUCGAUCCUCGGAACCUUCGAUGCUGAUGUCAAGCCUGUUGGCAGCGACAUCAUCUCUGUCGAUGGAAAGGAAAUCAAAGUUGUCUCUGACCGCAACCCUGCCAACCUUCCUUGGAAGGAUUUGGGGAUAGACUUGGUGAUUGAAGGAACUGGGGUGUUUGUAGACAGAGAAGGUGCAGGGAAACACAUUCAAGCAGGAGCUAAGAAGGUGCUCAUUACUGCUCCUGGUAAAGGAGACAUCCCCACAUAUGUGGUUGGUGUCAAUGAGUAUGAUUACAGCCCUGAUGAACCCAUCAUCAGCAAUGCAUCUUGCACCACUAACUGCCUUGCACCCUUUGUCAAGGUCCUUGAUCAGAAAUUCGGUAUCAUCAAGGGCACCAUGACCACCACUCACUCCUACACCGGCGACCAAAGGCUUCUCGACGCGAGCCACCGUGACCUGAGGCGCGCCAGGGCGGCAGCUCUCAACAUUGUCCCCACUUCAACAGGAGCAGCAAAGGCAGUGGCCCUUGUCCUCCCAACCCUCAAGGGCAAACUCAAUGGCAUUGCACUCCGUGUGCCAACACCAAACGUCUCAGUGGUGGACCUCGUUGUUCAGGUCUCAAAGAAGACCUUUGCAGAAGAAGUGAAUGCAGCAUUCAGAGAGAGUGCAGACAAUGAGCUCCAGGGAAUCCUCUCUGUGUGUGAUGAGCCACUUGUGUCUGUUGACUUCAGGUGCACUGAUGUGUCCUCAACCGUUGACUCAUCGUUGACCAUGGUCAUGGGAGAUGACAUGGUUAAGGUGAUUGCUUGGUAUGACAAUGAGUGGGGCUACUCCCAAAGGGUUGUGGAUUUGGCUGACAUUGUUGCCAACAAGUGGAAGUGAGAGCCAUCAAAUUCUGAAUUGGUAAUUCAAUUAUUAUAUGUAUGUACCAUGCCAUUGUAGUUUUGUAUGCUUACUACUACUACUACUACCACUACAAACACUUGUUGCUUCAUUUUUCAUUCUAAAACUUGUACUGAGAAACAGAACCAUCAAUUUUCUCUGCCUUCUCAUUGUGCAAUAAAAUUCUUACCUUGAAAUCUGAAUGUU